CACACUGGAUGAAAGAAGUAAUAACAUUGCAAGAAAAGGAGUGAAAAAUUGAGAAAGUGUGAAAAGUUUGAAACAUCUUAUUGAAACGACUAUGACUUUUUAAGUGAUUGAAUUCAUACAAAAAACAUUGGAAAUUCAAUACAUUCGCGUCCUGCUCUAUUUUCGCACACACACACACAUACAGCCCAUCACACACACACACACACAGUUGCGCCUUUCGUCAUCUCUCUCGCUCUCAGCUUUUUUUCGCAGCUGCAACGCAAAUUCCAAAAAGGAUAAUCCCCACCGAUCUCGCGAGUCCUGUCGUUAGUCUUAGAGCGAAUAUAAAGCCGCGAAGAUGGUGACCGAAGGAAACUUGAAGAUCUAGGAAGAGCAAGUGAAUUUUUGGUGAAUUCGACACGGAUAGCAUGUUCACUCCCAUCAAAAAGAUAUUCACGUACAUACAAAAAAAUGCGAGCGGCUCCAAUAUGUUCAGCCCAUCAGGAAACACGGCAACUGGCCAACGGGAGGACACUCCCAGUUUAAGUGCCCAUGAAGACCGUGAUAUGAAGGAUCAAAAGAAUGAGCAGUGUGAUCAUGAGGAUGAUCAAGGGAAUCAAAGACAGCAACAAUUGCAGAUCCUGCCCGAACUGGACGAUGAUGAGGUCGACAUCGAGAGACAGAUCAAGACCUCCAUAAUCGAUGCAACCAAGGUUCAUGCAGCCAAGGCUAAGGCGUUGGCCUGCUUACCUUUGCCUCUGGAGCAAAUGGACGAUGAGUUGGCGGACUUUGCCCACGGCCCCGCGGACAUCGAACUAGAGGAGCAGUUCCUCGAGCUGGAGAACUAUCCGAAUAACGAAAUUAUUGUGCUCGGCGAUGCGGAUCUGAACUCUUCUAUAGCCUCUGAUGCUGUUUCCGAGGAUCCGCUGGCAAUUGACAACUUAUUGGACUCCUCGUCGAUAACAACCAACGAGGAGGUCGAUACCAGUGGUGAGCUGCUCUGGCUGAAGCUAAAUAACGAAACGGAAAUAGCUACCAGUUCUAGGGAGAUGUCAACUACCAACCAGGUGCCCUCUAAGCCCGUUAAAUCGAAGGAAGAUGAGCUCCGAGACGGGGGCUCUGAUUCUGGACUGGGCAGUGAAACGUCCGCGUUAAGGAUGCUUAAGGAUCAGGUAGAAAAAGAACCGGAACCAGAAGUCAAGGAAGUGCACGAAACCAAACCUAUUAGAUCGAAUCUCAAACGGAGAUUAGAGGAUUCGGAAAACGAUCCUAUAGAUCUAGUGCCCGACAUUUCUGCUCCCCCCUUGGCUGCUCAAAAGCGGGCCAAGCGAUCCAUUAAUUUUGACGAGGUGAAGGUGUACUAUUUCCCAAGACAACAGGGAUUCAGUUGCGUGCCGACAGCAGGCGGAUGCACCUUGGGAAUGGGUGCUAGGCAUAUAGCCUUCAAGACGAUGACCCUGGCAGAGCAUGCAGCGGAAUUAAGACGGGCACAUCGCAGCCAGAACCAGGAACUUCAGCCUCGUGGUUCAAGCAGUGAUGACAGCGAGGAGUCUGAAGAGGAUUACCUUAGCGAAGGUAGUGGCUCUGAUGCCGAAGACGGUUCUAAUGGCUUCCUUCAGCCAGUGACUCCCAAACAAAGAAGAGCCCUUUUAAAAGCAGCGGGUGUGCGGAAAAUCGAUGCCAGCGAGAAGAGCGAAUGCAGAGAUAUCAGAAACUCCAGAGAAGUUUGUGGCUGCUCCUGCAGAGAGUUUUGCGAUCCGGAAACCUGUGCCUGCAGCCAGGCGGGUAUUAAAUGCCAAGUUGAUCGAGCCAUGUUUCCUUGCGGAUGUACUCGCGAAGCUUGUGGCAAUACAGUUGGCCGGGUGGAAUUCAAUCCAACGAGGGUAAGAACCCACUACAUUCACACGGUUAUGCGUUUAGAUCUGGAGCAGAGACAGGGCUCAGUUCAAGGCGUCCAGGGAGGACAUAUCCAGCAGCAGCAAACGCAGCAGUCCCAACAGACUAUAAGCUAUUCCCCGGUGGGAACGGCUGCCUCAUCAUCCGCAUACUUCCUGCAAACACAAUCAAACUACAGUUCCGGCUACGCUUCUCCAGCUUACACGCCCGAGAGCACUGUGAGCUACUACCAACAGCAGGUGCAGCAGCAGGGAGUGGCCGCAUCGGGCCAAGUGAUUCCUCAGCAGCAGCAGGCUCAGAGUCAGAGUUAUGCGGGAUACACUCAAUUGGAUAGCUUAGAUUCGGGCCUUUUUGCUAGUGGCACCAAUGCCACGCCCUCCUACGGAGAACUAUAUCAUUCGCUCAGCUAUGGAAGCACUCAGAUCACUUCCUAUCCGACCUCCUACCAACAGCAUUCGCCGUCACCCGCCGUCGCUGUCGCCUCUGGAGCCCCCAACUCCUGUGCUUAUAGCUCCUGUGCGGUGCCAUCGGCUCCGCCGUACGGAAAUGCAACCACCACAGCGUCCAGCAAUGCGCCAUACCAGACCACCGCUGUCUCCAUUACGGCUGCCUCCACCUCCGCUUCACCGUCACGACUUAUUGGAAAUCCAGUUGGUGCUGCAACAACCUCACCAGUUGCCGUGUCAUCCACCUCUUCCCCGACCAACGGCAAUGAAUUUAUCAGUUUGAGCACACCGAUCGCCAGUUCCUCGCGCCUCUCCCAGAUCAAUGAUUUGCUUCAGCACAACCGCAACACUACCGCCGCAUUGGUGGCCGUCUCCGAGGGACUAAGCGGUGUUAGAACCUCGUCCAGUGCAUCCACCAUCGACUCCAUCGAUACACCGCCUAUUGUCGAGGAUAGUCAGCAGCGAGGAUGCAUGAGCUUUGAGACGUUGCCCCCGCCGCUUGUGAAUCCAGCGCCCAUUGUUGCCGUGGUGGAGAGCAAGCUGCCACCGACGUUGGCCUUGCCAGAGCCACAGGCUCCUCCAACUGCCCCUCAGCCACGCCAGCCGCUAGAACAGCAUUGAGCGAGUCCACCUAGAGCAGGGAAUGCACCACCAAAACCGAGUUGGGAUGGGUCCACUUGUGGGGUCUUAAUAGGUUUUAAAAUAGGAGAACAUCACUUCUUGCGCAAUUCUCAGUAUCUUUGAAUUGAAUGCUAUCAUUUUAUGAACUCCUUUUACAUUUUUGUUUUUAUUUUAUUUUACCCAUUUUACUUUAAGUGACCCCAGACUCAAGUUUUUUGUUCAGAGCCUAGAUAACUAUAGUAAAUCUAUAGAAAUUCCAAAAGAUUGUGUAUUAAAAAUAUUAGACCACUUUUAACAUUAAUUCUUUAAAUAACGUUAGCAUUAUUUAGUUCCUUUAUUAGUGCCCCCUAAAUAUUCCACCAUUUUGCCUACUUAAAAAAAGUUUAGGAAAGUAUUUUAGUAAAAAAUAUAAUUGGGAAUUAGUGCUAAAGUUUUCAUUAAAAGAAACUUGCCCGAUACAUUUUUUUCCCAACUUGUUGAGAAUUGUACAAAGCGAGAAAGAGACCCACCCAUAAAUCGAAAUAGGAGGAAGCAACGAGAGAGCUGGGAAUAGUUUUUAUAGCAAUUUUACACAGCAAAAGACUUCAUUACGUUUAAGGCGGCAUUGGGCGUGGCUGGGAAGGGGAACGGAGGCAGGUAAAAAGGAUUAACAGGGGCAGGAAUCAAAAUGGAUAGCAUUGGCGACACUCCUAGAUUUUAGGAGAUCUCUUCAGUAGCGGCGAGAGCCUGACAAAUCGGGCUCGAACCGCCUUGUAUAAAUCAUUUUAUUGUUAAAUUCGAAUUAGUCUAUAAGUGCAUACUGUAGUUUAGUUACUUUGUUGCUUAAGUUAUGUAUUUCCAUCGCAAAAUCAAGCUUCCUUCUACUAUUUUUUUCUAUCUGUUAUUUAAAACGAACAAAAUUAGGACACUGUUUAACCUUGUUUAUGGUGUUGCUUCAAUGAAUUUAAUGAGCUGAGAGCCCCACAAUAUCUCUUACAAAUUCUGUGUCAAAUUUGAUUUAACCCAACUUAACUCAAAUCGAUCGUUAACCGAUUUUGUGUUUUGUACUUUGCAUUUAGUUACGAAGCCAAUUUAAUUACCUAAUGAGUUGUAUGAUCCUUUUGUAGAAUUAUCCUCGAUUUAGCUGCUUUUAAGUAUUCAUUUAGCUCUUAAGUUCCUCAGUUCUGACCUUUAGCGUAUUAGCCUUAAUGAACCAACAAAUGGCAGCAACCAGAAUGAAAAAAAAACAACAGAAAAAAGCAACCACACAUGCAGUACGAUUUAGAAAUAUGUAUAUGCAACUUGAUAACGACAAAAGCGGAAAAAUGAAAAAGAUAAAGAAAAAAUAAUUGCAAUUAUUUAAAUAAAUAUUGAAUACAAAAUAGCAA